CCUUCUCCUCUUUCGCCUCCGUCGAUUGGGUGAAGGUCACUGACGGCGAGUUCUUCCAAACCGACUCCAGGCCGAUCAUGCCCUUCGACGGCGUGUGCAAUUUGUGCAACGGUGGAGUCAGAUUUGUUCGCGACAAUGAUUGCAACAGGUCUCAUGGUCCUCUCCGUUUUCUUCUUCGUUUUCCCCCUUUACUUAGAUGAAUGAUUAGGUACGAGGCGCUUCAGAGUGAAUCUGGUAGGAAACUUCUGCAAAGAUCGGGAGAUCAUCCAACGAUAUUUCCAGUGUAGUACUUGUCGAAAAAGACAGGUUGUCAAUGCUAUAAAGUCCCAGCCGAAGCUUCUUAACAAAAUUGAUGAAGUAGUCUCUCAUUUCCUGAAUAUAGUGCAAACUAUGCAUGAACGAUGCAGCUCUUCUUUAGAGGUUGAUAUAAUCGCAUUGGACUUCUCCCAAAAGCUACCUUUUCAUUCGAAGAUUCCAUCUAUUAAGCUUGCUAUUCAGGUGCUCGUGGACUAUAUUUUGAAAUUACGUAUUCUCAUCUUAUAGUUGAUUCUCAUGUCACAAGAAAGAUCCUUUCAAAUGCAAAGGUCACCGCUGGCUAAUGCCAUUAGGAAGAAACAGUUCUAUAAGGAAAUUGUCAGACUUGAAGAGUCGUACCGUCCAGUCUCAAUGGAUUAUAUUCUACAGACCUGUGCCUCUCUAGAACCAAACUAUCAACCUCCAGUGACUUUUGUGGUGGUCCAAAAAUGUCAUCACACUAGACUGUUUGCUAACAAUCAUGGUGACCACCAAUUUGUUGAUAAGAGUGGAAACAUAUUGCCUGGGACUGUUGUUGAUUCUAAGAUAGGCCAUCCUACUGAAUUUGACUUCUACUUAUGCAGCUAUGCAAGCAUUCAAGUAACUAUAUUUCUCCAAAUUUCAGCUAUCAACCCUGUUUUACGUCUUCUACAGGUAUUAUAUUCUUCCCUUUUAUUUUUGGUGCUUUGCUCACAUACUUUGCUUCACAAAAAUCCAGAAUGUUGGAAAAGGUUGACAUGGAAGAAUCAGCAAGUGAGAAAGAGGAGUCCAAUGAAAUUCUACAAGUUGAAGAUUUUAAUGGGGCUUGAGUUGAUAAUAAUUACUUGCAAUCCUACAUGGCAUGAACCACCAUCACAAGUUUCUAGUCUUUUGACAAUUGUUCAUUAGUUGUAAAUGAAGUUUAUUUGUUUAUUUGUAUUGGGAUAAAUUUUAUUUGAA